AUGGCUCUCGAAACAGAUAUUGAUUUGAGUGAGAGCCUCGCGGUAGAAAUACAUACCAUUGGCAUUCUCGCCACAUCUUUUGUCUCAUACUCAACGGUCCUUGGUUUAGGCCGUCAUACAGCCGCGGUCGCUAAAGAAUUUGGCGAGGAACGAGUCGUAGAGACUGGUAAGUGGCAGAUCAUCGGGUUCCCAUUCAAUAUCGGUGCCUUUAGUUUGCCGAACAUCUCUAUCGCCAUUCUCAUUGUUCAGCUUCUGGACCCAAAUCCAAUUCGCGCAGGACUGCUCUAUGGAAUGGUCAUUUUACAAGCUGUGUCUGCCGUGGUCAACGUCUUCAUUGUCUUUUUCCAAUGCAGCCCGCCGCAGAAGCUGUGGAUGCAUACCCUCGAAGGCACAUGCUGGAGUGUCAAUAUCUUUGAUAACUACUCCUACUGGGUCAGCGCAUUCACCACAUUUACUGAUAUCGUCUUGGCUAUUGUCCCUAUUGCUGCAUUUUGGAGAUUGCAACUACGAAAGUCGACUAAAUUCGGAAUUUGCAUUAUGAUGGGCUUGACAAUGCUGUCCGCUGUCGUCACUAUCAUCAAAGCAACAUACUUACACCUCUUUUCGGAUGUAGAAGAUCCUCUAUGGAACGUGGUACCGUUAGUUCUAUGGGGCCUCAUUGAACAAAACGUCGUAAUUAUUGCCGCCUGCAUCCCGACCCUUCGCCCUUUCUUCCGCAAGACAUUCAAAAGUACCAAAGGUUCAUCUGAUGGACAAUCACAAAUAUUGUCAAAUUUCGGCAUCAAGCUUUCAACGAGGCCUAUACAUGCCUCUUCCGAGCAGCUUUCACCUAGUGCUUUAGCAGAUUUUCCACACCACACCUCACGACUGAAGAGCCACGAUGAGGAGAGCAACGAGAGCCAGCAGGAUAUAUUGAAUCGGGGAAUGGAGGUGUGA